GCAACAAAACCAAGUAACUAGUAUCGAACAAGAAACAAACAAUCGCCGCCGUCUCGAAAUGUCGAACAACAUAGUGGUGCUAGACAACGGCGGUGGUCUCAUCAAAGCCGGCCAAGGCGGCGAGCGUGACCCCCUCGUCGUCAUCCCAAACUGCCUCUUCAAGCCUCUCUCCUCCAAGAAAUUCAUCUAUCCUCCUCCUCUCUCCGACCUCGACGUCGACAUCGACCUCACCUCCGCCGCCGUCCGGCGCCCCAUCGACCGAGGCUACCUCAUAAACCCCGACCUGCAACGCGACAUCUGGUCACACCUCUUCAGCUCACUCCUCCGCAUCACCCCAACCUCCUCCUCCCUCCUCCUCACCGAGCCGCCACUCUCCAUCCCUUCCGUCCAACGCGCCACCGACGAGCUGGUGUUCGAGGAUUUCGGCUUCUCGUCCCUCUACCUGGCUAAUCCUCAGUCACUCGUCCAUCUCUACGAGGCUAGUCGCCAGCCAGGGUCCAUCCUCUCGCGGACUCAGUGUAGCCUCGUCGUGGAUUGUGGCUUCUCCUUCACUCACGCCGUCCCCGUCCUCCACAACUUCACGCUCAACUACGCCGUCAAGAGGAUCGAUCUCGGAGGCAAAGCUUUCACUAAUUACUUGAAGGAGUUGGUGUCUUAUCGAUCCAUAAAUGUGAUGGAUCAGACUUUCUUGAUGGAUGAUGCUAAAGAGAAGCUCUGCUUCGUCUCUCUUGACCUCCACCGUGAUCUCAACCUUGCUCGGGAGCGGCGUACUGGGAACGUGCUAAAGUCUACGUAUGUUCUUCCUGAUGGUGUCACACAUACCAAAGGUUAUGUCAAAGAUCCUCAAUCUGCCAAAAGCUUCCUUACUUUAGGGUUAUCAGAUGGAGGAGCUAACACUGUCAUGGAUAAGGUUGACGUUGAGAAGAAGAAGGCUGACAUGAACAAAAACGAGAUUGACUUGACAAAUGAGCGUUUUCUUGUACCUGAGACGUUAUUCCAGCCUGCAGAUCUAGGGAUGAAUCAGGCGGGAAUUGCAGAGUGCAUUGUCCGAGCUGUUAGCUCAUGCCAUUCUUACUUGCAACCUGUUUUGUACCAAAGCAUCAUCUUAACUGGUGGAAGCACUUUAUUUCCUCAACUUAAGGAGAGGCUUGAAAGAGAGCUUCGACCACUUGUCCCAGACCACUUUGAUGUCAAGAUAACAACUCAGGAGGACCCCAUACUAGGUGUAUGGAGAGGGGGUUCCCUUUUGGCUUCGAGCCCAGAUUUUGAGUCCAUGUGUGUCACCAAGGCUGAAUACGAAGAACUUGGAUCAGCUCGAUGUCGGAGAAGAUUCUUUCACUGAAGACAAACCAAAAAACAUAAUGCAGUAGUUUUCAAAUUGAGUUGCUUGUAUCAUCUCCUCUCACAUGUCUAAUUUAUUAUCGUAUUGCAAUUGAAUGUUGCCAUGAGAAACAUAAUGAAGUAACGACCAAACAGCCAGCGCAAUUUCUCUAGUCAA